AUGGCGUCGUCCCCAGAGGCUCAAUCAGGCAGUAGCAGUAGCGAAGAUGAGUUUGAUUUAGGUGGAUCCUUAUUAAAGUCAAGUAGUGAAGGUAUAAAGACGAACAAAUCAGCCGAUCCUGAUCGACUCCUUAGCGACGACAGUGAGGAAGACGACAACAAAACGGAGCGAAAUAAUAACAAGACGGGGGUAACGUCACUGAAGAAGGAAACAAGUAGUAAUAAGGACAAAGACAAGGAGAUGGAGGAUCUAUUUGGAUCGGACUAUGAUUCAGAAGAGGAGGAGUUUAAAGCUUCAGGUGUGAAGGAAUCUCCUGCUCGGGACAAUAAUCGUAGCAAUGACGGCCAUUUUGUGGAUGAAGCAGUAGAUCGAAGCACUCUCGGAGGAGCUGGUGAUGGAGAUAGUAAUUACUCGGACAAUAUGUGGCUCCCAAGGACUCCCAAGGCUCCCAAGACAGCCAAAUACUUCAUCAGCAAGAUGCCAAAUAUCUUGCGUCUUGUGCCAGAGCCUUAUACGAAGGAAGCAAUCAAAGCUGAGAUGGACAAUCCGUCCGAUGAAACGUUGUACCGUAAUUACGUACGUUGGCGGUUCAAACGUGAUCCGGUUACAGGUCGCGUGCUACUCGAUGAGACGACGAAACUUCCGUUGCGAGAAUCUAACGCCAAGUUAGUGCAGUGGGAGGAUGGCACUUUUUCCAUGUUUGUGGGCAAGGAAGCGUUGACAUUGUCGCGUCAGAAAUUAACUAACUCGUUUUUGUUUGUGAACGAGAUGGCAAGUGAUAGUCCGCACUUUCAGGAUAGCGACGACGUCGUUGCAGGUCAAGAAAGUGUGCUGGAAUGCCAUGCGCGUCUUAACGAAAAGUUUACGAUCCGCCCGAUGACCACGGCUAGCAAGUCGCACAAAAGCCUUAGCAUGUCUAUGCGUGCCAAGCACAACAAGAGCAUGCAAAAGUUGAAGGAAUACAUUUCCGAACUAGAUGGUGAGCGGGAGCAGGAGCAGCGCGUAAAGAUUACGGAUGAGAAGCUUAGGUUACAGAACCGUAAGAAGGCGCGUCAAGGUUACGAAUACGAUCGUGGACGUUCUUCCCGCAUGGAUGCGCAGUUCCUUGAGGAAGGUUACGAUGGUAUCGACUAUGACGAUGAUGAGCACGUGGGUGCUAUCAAGGAGCAAUUUGGGAAGCGAAAGGGCUCUACUGUUCAGCGGAAGAAUGGAGCGGGUCAACCAGUGCCUGGUGGCGGCUUUAACGAGUACCGUAGCAAUCAGCGCCAGCGUGAGCUUGAGCGUGAACGUGACGCGGAAAGGUCAGAAAGUGAUAACGAUGCUGGUUUGGAUGAGGGCGAGGAUAACGAAGAGGAGGAAGAAAUGGUCAUUCACAGUCACAAGAAGCGACGUACAGUGGAUGAAGAAGACUCGGAGUAA